UCUCAACCAAAAAAAAAAAUGUAUGAAGGUUAACUUAAAUUUUUUAUUUAUUCGAAAAACUUCUUUUAGUAAUUUUGUGAAGAUUCAGGGUUAAAUUGGUAAAUUCUAUUUUCAUAUUGUCCCAAAAUAGCAAUAAAAUAAUUCUCAUAUUCUGUUAAUUCACUAUGCUAAUAUUCCCUCCAUUCCAAUAUAAUUGAAUAUUGGGAUGUGGUAAGCUCCUUCGAAAUUAAUUAAUACUAGCACUAUGAAAUGGUCAUUUGGCUUAAUUACCAUAUGUUUUUCCCCAAACUUUUAUUAAAGAUGAAAUAGUGAGUGUUGGGAUACCAAAAACUAUUGAAAAGAAGGGUAAUUUAAAAAAAAAAAAAACUUUUAGACUCUGACCAAUUCACUUAUUUUGGCCAAAAACAAAAUCUCAACAAUUCAUUUAUUUUGAAAUGGAGCGAGUACUAAUUAUAAAAACCAUUAAAAGAAAGUUAAAAUGUUGAUAUACAAAUGUGCAAAUGCAUAUAAAAAAAGAAAUUGUAAAGAGCCGUAGGGAAGGGUCCACGUGGGAAAUCUAGGAAAUUAAUGGUGUGAGAUGUGUUGAUGAGUGAUGACAAAUGAUGUAAGCAAAGGACAAACUGGUCAAGGCACCUGAAAGUUUUUAUUGAAAUUAUAGUCAAAUGCUAUUACAACUAAUAGAAUUGAUUUAUUAUGAUACAACUACCAAAACACCCUUGAGUACAAAUGAUCAUGAAACAGAUGGCUGAAGCACCUAAAUUGUUGCUUCUUGUAUACUCUCCGUCCCAAUUAAGUAGCUUAGUUUGACUAGGCACAAGUUUUAACGAAUAACAAUAGACUUUUAAAUCUUUUGUCCUAAAUUAAAAAUUUGUAAACUUGUCAUGUAAAAUGUUUGAAUGUCAACUUACUAAACACAAAAAAGAGACACUCUUCUCAAGACAGACUAAAAACAAAAAAACACUAAAAUUUGGAUAGAGAUAGUAGUAAGAGAAAGAGAAUGUACUUGCAUUACUCAAAGCUUCUAAAAUUAAUUCUUUUAUCCCAGUAAAUAUUGUCAUGACCUUCUACAAGCAAACAUAUAAAAAUUCUUUGAAUUUAAUUCUUCUAAAUCAUAUACUAAAAUUAUAUUAUAUGAUAGCAAUUGAUUUCUGCCUUUUAAGUUUAGUGCACUAAAAGUUAUACACUAACAACUUAUUCCAAUAGAUCUUUUUUCCAAUUACCAAAUCAUUUAUAAAAAACAAUUAUCAAAUCAUUCAUCUUUUACUAUGGUCAAUUCUUUUUCCUAAAAACUUUUAUAUAGUUGAUGUAUCAAAUAAAUAGAGAAACACCUAUGGAGUACUUUGUUGUGAUUAGUUUGGUUUACAUCAAGUUGAACAAAGAUACUUUACAAAAGUCAAAAUAGAUGGGCCCCUUCUUCCUUAUUAUCUGUAAUCCAUUUAUACUCUCUCCCCAAAAAAAUAAUCUUAAUUUGACUUGACACAAAAUUUAAGAAAUAAAAUAAGACUUUUAAAAUGUGUGGUCCAAAACAAAUUUUACAUUUUUGUGUGACUAUAAAUUAUCUCAUAAAGUUAAAUUGUUUCUAAAUAUAGAAAGGUAUCAAUCUUUUAGGAACAAACUAAAAAUGAAAUGAAAACAAUCUUUUUGGGAUGGAGAGAGUAUAUCUUUUUUACAUUAGAAUUAUUUCUAGUAGAUAUACUUAUGAUCACCUAGUAUAUAGUAGAAAUAGUAGAAAGAAUAAAUGCAACACGAUUUAAUUAUAUUUAUUAUUAUUUUAUCAUAUACUACUGUCAAAGAUUGAUAAGUACGUAGCCUAAGCUGUCCAAAUACUAUAAGAUGAGAUAUUAUUUUCCCGAAAUCCACAUGAGUUAGAGAUACACUUAAGGCUAAGAUAUUUUGCAACCCGAUUUAAUUAUAUUUAUUAUUAUUUUAUCAUAUACUACUGUCAAAGAUUGAUAAGUACGUAGACUAUGCAGUCCAAAUACUAUAAGAUGAGAUAUUAUUUUCCAGAUAUCCACUCGAGUUAGAGACACACUUAAGGCUAAGAUAUUUUUAGCUUUCAAUGCUUGACUUCCACUAUAAAUAUAUAGAAUCCACCUACCAUUGAACCAAAAAAGCAAAAACCUCUACCUGAAGAGCCAUCCAACACUACUUUUUUAUUCUCUCAACCAACAGUGACCAAAAAUGGAUAUUUUGGGAAGCUAUUUUUCGGACCCACGUACCGAGUCUGAUACUAGCAGCAGCGCCCCUGAUCUUUAUACUGAAUACUCACCAGUGAUGUUAGCUUCGAAUAACCCGAAAAAGAAGACCGGGAGGAAGAAGUUUCAGGAAACUCGACAUCCAGUAUACAGGGGAGUGAGAAGAAGAAAGUCAGAUAAAUGGGUUUGUGAAGUCAGAGAACCGAAUAAAAAAUCAAGGAUUUGGCUAGGCACUUUCCCAACAGUAGAAAUGGCAGCUAGAGCUCAUGACGUGGCGGCCAUAGCCUUGAGAGGUCGUUCUGCUUGCUUGAACUUUGCUGACUCUACUUGGAGGUUGCCUAUCCCGGCUUCCUCCUGCACCAAGGAUAUUCAGAAAGCGGCCACUGAGGCCGCCGAAUCUUUUCGACUGCCACUAAAGUCAGAAAGAGUUUUAGGAGAAUACAUUUUUACUCCUGAAAUGCCACAGAGUAUGUUCUUUGUGGAUGAGGAAGCGGUCUUUGACAUGCCGGGAUUACUUGCGAAUUUAGCCCAAGGACUGAUGCUACCUCCACCUCAAUAUUUAGAAAUCGAAGAUCGUGCCGAAGCGGAUGCUGACACGUCCUUAUGGAGUUAUUCUAUCUAAAUAAUUGGUUCUGGUUGAUUAUAACUACUUGUUUGAAAGUUUACAUGCAAUCGGAAUGCUCAAAGUGAGCCUACUUAAAUUCGGGUAUUUUUUAGGAGAUAUUCCAAGUUUUGUACUCAAUAAUUGGAUGGUACUAAUGUAAACAGGUAUUGUAAUUUAGUACAACAACAAUGUAAUUUAGUCAUUGUAGAUAUUUCCAACCACAAGAAAAACAUAUAUCCUAUGUUGUCCUAUUAUUAGAAAGUGGUUCCAGCUUAAUGCAGAUUAAUGUGGCCUAGAUCGUGUGGACAAGACGAUGUCUUGAACGACGCCGACUCUCGAAGUGUCCGAGAGUCCGAUCCCCCGGUGCCACAGAUUGUAGGCUCCGCGCCCGGCGUACAAACAGUUGUGGCCGCUACGGGUGGUGUUGGCGUCCCAGUGUUGGGGUAUGCUAGAUAGGAUGUUUGGAUGUUUACUUGGAUCAUACGUGUAUAACGUGUUUUCCAAGUAAACAUUUGAUGCUCCUUUUCUGAAGAAGCCUAAAGGUUUUCCUGUCUUGUUUAGAACUGGACAACUUCUGAAGAAGCAUAAGAUAAAAGCUUUUUUCAUCAUGAGAAACAACCUAUUGGUUAUAACCUCAAUUGCUUGUUCAAACCGGGUCAUGAAUGCACUUUGUUGCGAUGCCAAUAUGCUUUGUACGUUGUGACACCAAAGCCAUCAGAGGCGGAUUUAGGAUUUGAACAUUGCGGGUGUCACUAUUUUAUAUAUGCAAUACCUACUAAGAAAAAGAACAGUCCAAUGCAUUAAGCUCCUGCUAUGCGCGGGGUCUGGAGAAUACCUACUACUAGUCACAAAGACCGAAUAGGAAGGAUGGAUCGGAUCAGUUAAUUUUGGGUUAAUUCGAUUAGGUGUAUUAGGUCUUCUAUUCAUAAAUAGACAAAUAAGUUUUGUUU